CUAAGGCGGCCGAGGCGGCCCGACGUGCCGCUGCUGGUGGGAGCGGGGCUACUGCUGACGCGGCCCCAAAGCCUGCCCCGUCCAAGAAAAAGAGACCGGCCACUGAUGGCCAGAAAAAGUUGACCGAGGCCGGCGUGAGCGUCUCUAAGAAGACGAAGAGGGCUCCUUCCCCUUCUCCGGCUAGUGAGGCCGGUACGCUUACUGUCCCCAGCGUGGGCGAUGGUGGUCCCGUUGUGGACCUUACUGUUGCUGAUGAUGCCGCCCCAGUGCUUCCUCUCGUCCAGGAACCACGGACGCAGAGGGCCGGCAAGGAGAUUGCCGGUGCCACCUAUCAGAAAGUGAUAGAGUACCCCGUCGGCGGGGGCGUGUUUAAUGAGCUCGUCCCCGGCCACGUCGUCCUGGCCAAGGCCAUGCCGGCCAAAGAUCGGGCUCAUUUGAAGAAGCUCGAGGACCCGAAGAUUUAUGAGGGCGGCAUGGAUCUCCUCGUCCAAGUAAGUGAUUGUCCUUAUAUUCUUGUCUCUCUUCGUCUAUGUAGAGUUUUUGCUUGACCUUUGUUUUUCUUCUGCAGAGUGCCUUCAUGCUUAUGGAAAGCCAUAAGAGGCAGUACUGGGAGAUAGCCCGUCUGCAAGCG